AUGCGCUCUACUUUCACUCCUCUCUACCUAUGGGUAGCGUUCCUCGCAGGGGGCGCAUAUGCCAACAGCCGGAAUGCAUGCCCCAAACACCCUCAAGAAGCAUUUCGCGUUGGCAAAGCAGUGUACUUACAAUCCAACAAGGAGCACAACUCGAUUAUUUCAAUUCCCAUCGGACAGGACGGUAAGCUCUAUGGCGGUAUGAUCACAACAACGGGUGGAAUGGGAGGCGACGGUAUCGACGGAGCCACCAACAAACCUGCCGGUCCAGAUGCGCUCUCAUCCCAGGGUUCAGUGGCAUAUCUUUUCGCCGUGAACGCCGGUUCAAACACCGUCAGCAUGUUCAGAAUUGACGAAAUUGAUGCGACGCAUUUGUGGAUGGUCGGAAAGCCAGCUGCUAUUCCUGGCGAAUUUCCCGUCACUGUUGCAGUUUCGGUGAAGCGAAACGUGAUAUGUGUUGGAUACACUGGAGCAAAAGCCGGUGCUUCCUGCGCUUCAUUCACGCCCGAGGGACUUGGUCAAAUGAAUCAGGUCCUCGACUUUGAUCUCGGUCAGACCACGCCUCCUACGGGACCCACAAACACAGUUGCGCAGGUAUUCUUUACUGCAAAUGAUACUCGCCUGAUCUCAACUGUCAAGGGGGACCCGAAUACCAACAAGACGGGUUUCAUCUCUGUUCUGGCAUUCAAAGAUUCACGCUCUUCUGCUUUUGAAAGCCAUGAUACUCGAAGCUCCCCAUCUGGAACCGCUGUGUUGUUUGGCGGUGUUAAUAUCCCGGACACCUCUGAUCUGUUCAUAACGGACGCAUCUUUCGGAGCCACGCUUCUCAACCUUCACGCAACUACAGACAAGGUGUCUCUUCAGCAAAAAGUUGUCAUCGAAAGGCAACAAGCGACGUGCUGGGCUGCCUACUCCCAGGCAAGGGAGAGUGUCUUUGUAACUGAUGCCGCGGCCAACCGACUAAUUGAGAUCAGUGAUGACGGAUCUGAAAUAAUGUCAAUUCUUGACUUGGAAAACGGUGAUCCUGGACUGAUUGAUCUUGAGACUUCCGGUCGCUUUGUUUAUGCACUUUCCCCGGCAAUGGCACUACAUCUGCCGCAAUCACAGUGGUGGAUUCUUUCCAAGGUCGACAGAUUCAGCAUUUCAGGCUAG